AUGAGGAAAAAUAAUCAAUUGAUCAAACGAGGAGAAAUCGAACCGUUUUUUGAUGGUAAGCAGUCUCGUCAAAGAUACCCAGAAUUUUGGAAAGGAGUUAAAUACGAUCCCGAAGUUGUAAAAUUUCAAACUAGCGGUGUUGCAAGAUGCGGUGCAUCGGCAAUGUCCUUUUCCGAAGGAUUAUUUAAUGGCAGAGGCUCUUUAGACACUUGUAAAAGUCAACCUGUAUACAUUUCGUCUGUACCGGAG